AUGUAUUGUUUAUGUGCCAUCAAUUUUAGCCGCGAAAUUAGUUCUAUAACCUAUCGAACAUUUUUUUCACGACCAGCGGCUUCAGACGUUCUUACUGCAUAUUUGUUACAAUGUAGUGAACCUCCUUGGACCUCUUACUUUGUUAAGUACAGUAGUGUGAAGGAUGAUCAAUUUGGAAUGUCGAAUUUCAACUGGAAAGUUGGGAAGUCUAACUAUCAAAUUUUAAGGACAGGCUGCUUUCCAUACAUAAAAUAUCAUUGUUCCAAAAAAGUGGAGGAAGAUUUGACUGUGUCUGAUAGAUUUAUGAGAAUAAUCAAAAUGGCUAAUCUAGGAAUCCCAUGUCUACUUUAUGGCCUCGCUGCAACUCAACUUAUACGCCACAAGGAAAUUGUCCACACAGAGAAAGGGCCAGUCACAAUAUACUUUUUGUUACCCGAACAUAAAGGAUCUUUGCAUUGA